CACUGUGAACACUGUCUGUUUUAAAUUGUGUUUCUAUUGUUUAAUUUCCAGCCGUUUGCCGGCUGGAAAAUGUACGUUAUAAAAAUUUAAUUGUGUAUCAUCAAUGUUAAUUAAUUAUCUGUGAUUAUUAUUAUAUUUUUUUUUUUCAACUUGAAAAAUUCAAUAAAGAUUUUAAUUUAUUAUUAUUAUUAUGAGUGAUGAUUAUAAACAUUUAAUUGGGAAUAAUAUAUUUUGUUUUUCAACAAAAUAAAUAAAACAAAGUGAUUAAUGAAAAAUAAUUAAAUAAAAAGUCAAUUUAAUGGUGACUAGUGAGCUAAAUAAUAAUAAUAAUAUAGUGAUAAUGCAGGAAGAUAGACAAGAAACACCAACAAUAACAAAUUCGUCAUCAACAACAAUGACAUCAUCAUCAACAGCAACAAUGGAUUAUAGAAAUGAGAUUGAUUCAUCAAAUGAAUCACUUAUGAUUGAUUCAAAUUUACCAAAUUUAACACUACAAAGUGUUGCACUUGGUUUACAAGGUGUUAUAUUAGCAGCAUUACAACGUGCUGCAUUAUUACCACCUGGUCCAGCAGCAGCUGCAUUAAAUUUACAAGCACUUGAUACAUACAUAGCACUUCAUAGAUUUCAUGCAAAUAAUAAUGCAACAGUUAAUAUAUCAUCAUCACAAAAUUCUAAUUUUAUUUUACCUGGAUUAACAACAUCACAAAGAUGUACAUCACUUAAUGUUACAAAUUUAAAUCCUACAUUAACAACAACAACAACAACAAAUACAAAUACAACAUCAUUAAAAAGUGAUUUAGAUAUUGAUAUAUUACAAACAACACUUGAUGAUGAUAUUGAUGAUGAUGAUGAUGGUGUAUCACAUCUUGAUUUUGUAACUGAUCCAGAAGAAGAUUUAGCAUUAUUAGAAGAAGAAGAAGAAGAUAAUUUAAUACAUGAACAAUCUAAAACAACAUUAUCAAUAGCAACACAAAAUGAUAAACUAUUACAUCGUAUUUCUGAUGUUAGUCAAACAACAACAACAACAACAACAAAAUUAAAUUUACCGACGGUAUCACAAAUAAUAAUUCCAUCAACAACAACAAAUAAUUCUACAACAACAACAAUAUCAACAGACAAUUCAUCAUUACCACGUAAUUGUCGUGCAUCAAGACCAAAAAAACAAUUUAUUUGUAAAUUUUGCAGUAGACAAUUUACCAAAUCUUAUAAUCUAUUGAUACAUGAAAGAACACACACUGAUGAAAGACCAUAUUCAUGUGAUAUUUGUGGGAAAGCUUUCCGACGGCAAGAUCAUCUCAGAGAUCACAGGUAUAUACAUAGCAAAGAAAAACCAUUUAAAUGUGCUGAAUGUGGUAAAGGAUUUUGUCAAAGUAGAACACUUGCUGUACAUAAAAUUCUUCAUAUGGAAGAAUCACCACAUAAAUGUCCAGUUUGUGCUAGAAGUUUUAAUCAACGUAGUAAUUUAAAAACACAUUUAUUAACACAUACUGAUAUCAAACCAUAUCAUUGUGCAUCAUGUGGUAAAGUAUUUCGUCGUAAUUGUGAUCUAAGACGACAUUCAUUGACUCAUAAUUUGGGAGUUUCAUCAUCACCACCACCUGGUAUUUCUGUUGCUGGUACAAGUACAGCUGUUCUUCAAGAAACAUCUUAAAACAAAAAAAAACGAUUUAUCCUUUUUUUUUUUUAUUAUUAUUAAAAAGAAAACGUUAUUUAAUUUAAAAAUUAUUUCAUGACUUUUUUUUUAUUUUUCUUGAAAAUAGACUACACAUAUUUUUUACUCCAUCUGUGAUCUUUAUCAUCAGAUUUUUUUUUGUUUUAUUGCAAUUUUAUAUUAUUAAAAAAAUUAUUAUUGAUUUUAUUUUCUUUAGAAAAAUUAGGCUCGUGCUCAUGUAGAUCUGUAAUUAAUCAAAUCACAAAAUUACAUUUGUAAAAAAAAAUUUUUAUAUAUUUAUAAUCAUAUUUGUUUAUGAUCAUUU